GGGUCCGCCGUGGAAACGCUGCCCUCUCUCUCUCUUCUUGACCCCUUCUCCCUUCUUCCCUUCCCUCCUCUUCUCCUGCCGCCGUCGCUUCGGUCUGCCAAGUGCUCCUUGAGGAGCUGCCGGCGCGGCGAUGGGGUCUCGGGCCUCCACGUUACUGCGGGACGAAGAGCUCGAGGAGAUCAAGAAGGAGACGGGAUUUUCCCACAGUCAGAUCACUCGCCUCUACAGCCGGUUCACCAGCCUGGACAAAGGAGAGAAUGGGACUCUCAGCCGUGAAGAUUUCCAGAGGAUUCCAGAGCUUGCCAUCAACCCACUGGGGGACCGGAUCAUCAAUGCCUUUUUCCCAGAGGGAGAGGACCAGGUAAACUUCCGGGGAUUCAUGAGAACGUUGGCUCACUUUCGACCCAUUGAGGAUAAUGAAAAGAGCAAAGAUGUGAAUGGACCAGAGCCACUCAACAGCCGGAGCAACAAACUGCACUUUGCUUUCCGAUUAUAUGAUUUGGAUAAAGAUGACAAGAUAUCCCGAGAUGAGCUCUUACAGGUUCUACGCAUGAUGGUUGGAGUGAAUAUCUCAGAUGAGCAGCUGGGCAGCAUCGCUGACAGGACCAUCCAAGAGGCUGAUCAGGAUGGAGACAGUGCCAUAUCUUUCACAGAAUUUGUUAAGGUUUUGGAGAAAGUGGAUGUGGAACAGAAAAUGAGCAUCCGAUUUCUUCAUUAAAGGACAGAGACCAAAUUGUUCCUUGCUUCCUAGUAUUUAUAACUGGAACCUCAAGAGUCCUCCUGUCCACCAGCUCCCCCUCAACCCCAUCAUUUCCCUUCUCCCAAAGUACUACUGCUGUUGCAUGACUACCCCAAUUAUGUUCUGUUAACACAAACUUGCCUUUGGUGUAUGAACAGGGCAUUACACAAUGGUACACCCAGUCUAUUUCUGUUCAGUAUCUGUACACGGGUUCUCCAUUUACGUCUCCUCCUGUUCUGCUGCUGAAUGCCACACAUCCAUCCAUCUGACAAAAGAGAGAGAGAACCAUGCCAAGAACCAGCCAGCCAAGCUCUUUCACUGGUUUAGAGACUAGCCCUGCAGCUUUCCCUCCAGCGAGGCUUCGGCAAGCUCCGUCACCCUUUGUGACUGUCCUUUGCUUCAUGCUUCUCCCGGACACCCAAACUACUAUUCUCUUAGUCUUUCAGUGUCCUUUUGAUUGAGCCUGAAAAUCCCCUCUGUUCUGCUUGGCACCCCAAGCUAUGCCUGAUGAUAUUUCUGGCUUGGCAAAAUAGUUCAGUGGUCUGGCCAGGCUUAACUACCUUUGCUCGUGAGUUAACUCUCUAGGAUGCUGCUUCUCCAGGAAAUUUUUGGUGAUUAAUCCUUCUCUCAGAAGAGUGAGACCAGUUCUUAGUCUCCUGCAAUCUACUUUGUCAUCAAAGGGCUUCUGGGUAGAGAUGUCCUUGAAAGGUGGCCUUGGUGAGAAGUGUGGAGCCAGUUAUUCUAGGUGGUUUGCCCAGUCACCCUACCUCUGGCCUCUGGCCUCUGGCCUCUGACCUCUGACCUCUGAUUCUCUCCACUACAUAGCUUUCUUGCUAGUUGAGUGAUGAGUGUUCAUUCAAGAGCCAACUGCCUGCAGCUUUGCUUGUUCUUGGGACACUGUCACCACCAGAAUGGCUGCUCUGAGCAAUGUAUACGGGGACUUUUUCAUGGCUUUUUGAGCAAGGAUGCUGGGCACCCUGUAAAGCUCUGCAUUCACACCAUUGCAGCAUGAUUUCCGCCCCAGUGUUACAUGCACUCUGGAGUGUUUUUCACUUCACAUUUCCAAGUAGAAAGAUUAAUGUUAAUGGAAGUGCCUAACUUAUCCCAGUCCAAAAGAUAGAAAGAUUGUCCUCAGCAUCUGGACGUUUUACACAAAAUUCUUUAUGAAGAAUUUUUAUACUUGGUUAAUGUUAAUGCUGGAAGCCAUAGUCAGCUCCUAAUACAGGUGCAAAGCAUUGAAUGUAUUUGUAUCAUUCAUUGCCUGGUUAUAUUCAUUAGCUUCCUGAUUCUUCCUGUAGACUACUGCUAAUCUAUUGGAAACAAGGGGUCUAGCACCACUGGCUCAACCUUAGAUGACAUUAUCAAUCUUUAAGCAAGCCAGAGCAGCUUCUCUGCCAAAUUCAGCUUAACCUCGAUGUCCCUGUUGCCAUUCUGUAUGAGUCUGUUCACCUGUGUGAGUUUAUCUGCCCUUGCCUAACUUUCUUUAACUCAUUGCUUGCUGUGUGCUUGCUUCUUUCCUUGCUUUGAAAAGCUAUCCAAGAUACGUACAUGAUUCUUUAAAGAGGAAAGGUAUUGCUAAAAAUAAAUAUAUAUAUGUAUGUGAGUUUGUGUGUGUGCAUAUAUGCACACACAUAAAAGAUGCUGCAAAGAUGUGAGGAAUUGAACAGAGGAGUGGCCAGGCUGACUAUCGAAAUGAAUGCAGAAUUCUUUAUAAAGUUUCAGUCUGACUUAGUGAUCAAGUAAUGUAAUAUAGGAAUUGUAUAAAAGGGAAGAAUGUUAAAGAGGUACUUCAGAGGCUCCUUGAUUGCAUAUUUAAAGUUCCUAAGAUUAUGGCUUUUCCUCCCUUUUGGCUGUAGAGCAAACUGUUUUAAUCCACAGUUGUGCCUUAUUGUCCUGUUAAAAUUGUAUUCUUCAAUCCAUCAAUAAAUACUUGUGGUUAAAAAAAAA